AUGGUAUCUCGACCUCGAGCUAAAUCACAAAUGAUUGAUGAUGAUAAUGAUGAAAUAAAUAAAAAAUCGAAAGAAACUGUACAAGCUAAAGCAAUCAAAAAUUAUGCUCUUCUUUCAUUUGGAAAUGAAGCUGAAGAAGAAAUAACAAAAAUUUCAAUGACAUUCAAACAAAAAGGAACGGGAAAAAGUGCACAUGAUUUAACUAAUGAUUCAACAUUAAGUAAAAAUACAGCUGAAUUAAAUGAAAAUAAUGAAGAAUUACCAAUAGAAAAACAAAAUUUUAAAAUAAAAGAAAAAAGUGAUGCAGAUUUUGAUAAAGAAGAACUUGAUCGAGUACGACAAAAAUUUAAUGCAAAAAAAUUAGCUCAGCAAGAAAAGAAAAAAACGCUUCAACUUGAUAUUGAUGAUGAUGAUGAUAAUCAAAAAGAUAUUUCAACAACAAAAUCAAAUGAAAAUGUUAAACUUGAAAUUGAACGAUUAAAAAAAGAAUUAAAACAAACAAAAAAGUCAUCAUCAGCAUCCACACCCAAAUCAUCAGAAAAUGUCGUUCAAGUAGAAACAGAACCUGCACCUGCAUCUAUUCAACCAGUUAUCUCAAGUACUACUACAUUAAUGGAUGAAUUAAUGGCAGAAAUAUUUCGUGUAAAAGUUCAUACUGCUAAAGAUGAACAAAUUAGUGAACCUUUAAAUGAAACACAAUCCGAACAAAUAGGUGAUAAAGUUCAAACACCAUUUUUAAAACAUACUUUUGUAUCUCAAGAAUUAUUAGAUAAUGUUCAAGAUAUUUAUACGAAUGCUGAAUUAUUAACUGUAUAUGAUCCAAGAAAUCCAAUGGCUAAACGACGACGAGAUGAAAAUAGUAUGUUACUUCAUCAAAAAAAACAUAAAGGACGUACAUAG